AUGGCCCCCAGCCAGGAGGCCAACAGCGUGAUCGGGGCGCUGGGAGGCGCGGUGCUGGCGGCCUGCCUGGCGCCCCAGCUGUGGAAGCUGUACCGCACCCGCAGCGCCCGGGACCUCAGCUACCUGUACCUCUGCAUGUACGACGCGGGCCUGCUGCUCACCUUCAUCUAUCUGUAUUACGAGGGCGCCUUUGCGGGCUGGGUGUGCGUCCUGGUGGAGCUAGGCUUUGGCUGCACCAUGGUGGCGGCCAAGACGUGGCUGGACCAUUUCGGGCCGCACAGCCCCCGAGCCACCCAGCGGCCAAAGCCUCAGGCUGAGGCCAGCGCAGACGCCAAGCUCCCCAGCAGCCCCUCCCCUGCCUCGGAAGUCAGCGACGGCUACGCCAUGGCCUUCUUUUUCGGCAGUACAGGCGAGCUGUCCAUCACCUUCCUGGCAGCUUCCGACGCCACGGCGCUGCUCAUGGGCUCCGCUGCACAGCUGUUUUAUGAGCAGCUGCAGGCCGCAUACGCUGGCUCCAGGGUGACCGCCAGUACCGCCUCCUGGACUGCCCCAGCCGUAGGGAGCUCGUCCCGCUGA